UCCUGCCCACUGGCCGACUGCACCGCUGCUCCCGUGCUGACAGCAUUUGAUUAUCUAGAACAAGUGUCGGAGCGCACACAAAGCGUCCGGUUACCUCUGGCACAAGACAAUUCUUCCCCUUUAUCCGCUGGGCUAUUUUUGGUUGUCGCUGCUGCAGCUGAUUGCAAACGUUUUAUGGCCCUCCCUGAAUUUUUGGCAAGCUCCUUCUCUUGUUCGAAGCUUCUCACUUGAGAGAAGGCAGUGGAAAAGCUGCUAUCUGACCAGCGCUGAGUAUAAGCAGUGCUUUACGCGGCACCCUCCCAUUGUCCCACGCGACGUCGGAUCCGACAGUGGGUUACAGGAAAAGUCGCGGCAUUAAUCGAGAUAGGUCGCUGUUUCGUUUCCAGAGAGGACUAGCUUACUCGCUUGUUUGCAGGUCCGCUUGAGGGAUCCAGAGGGGCGUGUGCGCUCAGCUUGUCAAAGAGCUCAAGACGCAGCGGCAGUGGUGCGGAGAAGUGGAACAUCUGAAAAGACGCUUUUCUUUUAAGAGGCAACAUGGAUAUCACCCCCAUCCCAGUGGUCACGGUGCAGACAUCUCCGUAUGACGACCAGAGACCAGGAACCAGUGGUCUUAGGAGACGAACGGUGAUUUUUGAGAGUAAAAGGAAUUAUUUGCAGAAUUUCAUCCAGAGUGUCCUUUCAUCCAUAGACCUGAGAGAUAGACAGGGCUGCACGAUGGUGGUGGGAAGUGACGGUAGAUACUUUAGCCGAACAGCGAUUGAAGUUAUCGUCCAAAUGGCAGCAGCAAACGGGAUUGGUCGUCUGGUUAUUGGCCACAAUGGACUUCUAUCAACCCCAGCUGUUUCAUGUAUUAUUAGGAAAAUAAAAGCAAUUGGAGGAAUAAUUCUUACAGCUAGCCAUAAUCCAGGGGGACCAGGAGGCGAUUUUGGGAUAAAAUUCAAUGUAGCAAAUGGUGGUCCUGCUCCAGAUGUAGUCACUGACAAGAUUCAUCAGAUUAGCAGGACUCUGGAGGAGUAUGCUAUCUGUCCUGACCUCAGAAUUGACCUUUCCAGGCUUGGCAGGCAAGACUUUGACUUGGAGAAUAAAUUUAAGCCAUUCAGAGUUGAAAUAGUUGACUCAGUGGAUGUUUACCUCAGCAUGCUUCGCAGUAUUUUUGAUUUCAGCAGUAUCAAGGGACUCCUGACUGGGCCAGAGCAGCUUAAGAUAAGAAUAGAUGCUAUGAAUGGAGUGAUGGGUCCUUAUGUGAGAAGAAUUCUGUGUGAUGAGCUGGGAGCGCCAGCUAACUCAGCUGUAAACUGUGUACCCUUGGAGGACUUUGGAGGACAGCACCCUGAUCCUAACCUGACCUACGCAUCUUCUCUUGUUGAAGCCAUGAAGGGUGGCGAGUAUGGUUUUGGAGCUGCCUUUGAUGGAGAUGGGGAUCGCUAUAUGAUUCUUGGUCAGAAUGGAUUUUUUGUGAACCCUUCAGACUCUCUGGCUGUUAUUGCAGCAAAUGUAUCAUGCAUUCCCUACUUCAAGCAGAUGGGUGUCAGGGGCUUUGCUCGAAGUAUGCCAACCAGCACUGCUUUGGACAAGGUGGCAAAGGCAAUGAAGGUGGCAAUCUACGAAACACCUACAGGCUGGAAAUUUUUUGGCAAUCUAAUGGAUUCUGGUAGAUGUUCACUCUGCGGAGAAGAAAGCUUUGGUACUGGCUCUGACCAUAUCCGAGAGAAAGAUGGACUGUGGGCUGUGCUUGUCUGGUUGUCUAUAAUGGCUGCUCGAAAGCAAGGUGUGGAAGAAAUUGUAAGGGAUCACUGGGCCAGACUGGGACGCAACUACUACUGCAGGUUUGAUUACGAGGGAGUGGACCCCAGGGCUGCGUUUUUCAUGAUGAGAGACCUGGAAGCAGUCAUUACUGACAAACCUUUCAUAGGACAACAGUUUGCUGUUGGAAACCAUGUAUACAGUGUGGAAAAAACAGAAAAUUAUGAGUAUAUAGACCCUGUGGAUGGCAGUGUUGCCAAAAACCAGGGGUUAAGAAUUCUGUUUACUGAUGGAUCCAGAAUUAUAUUCCGGUUAAGUGGUACAGGCAGCACAGGUGCUACUAUCAGAAUCUAUGCUGAGAGCUAUGAACGAGACCCAGAAAAACACAGUAAAGAAAACCAGGCAGUGCUGGGGCCUCUGAUUGCCAUCGCAUUGAAGAUUUCAGAGAUUCAUGAGCGGACAGGGCGUAAAGGACCUACAGUCAUCACUUGAACCCAGACACAUCAACUCAAAAGGGGCCAAAGACAUACUGUGCUUCCAUUUGACCAUUGCUGCCAAAAUAUUAAUCACCGUUGUGCCUUUUACAAGAGUUUUGAAAUUCCAUGUUCUGUUUUACAAGUCCUGUUUUUCAAGCCACAGUAGCCUCCUUAACAGUAUAACGUUUAUACAGAGCAGUAAUAUUGAACGGGAACCAUAGGCUCUGGUUUAUUCUGUUGUCGUGGAAGUAAUGUAGCCAAGACUUCAAUUACUAAAGGUUACCAUACCUUAAACAACAGAUCAAAAUUUUGCAAAAUUAACAUCUAUGUCUGUCAUACCUUAUUUUAUAUAAAUUAGAUUCAUUAUUAUGGAACAUCACCUUGAAUCUGAAAACACAACACCACACUACACUUUGCUCAAGCACUCUGUUCUACUGUAAGUACUUAACUGAAGUAUGCAUUUUUGUGAGUGACAACAUUUUAACACUUUAAUCCAAAACAAUACAGAUUUUAGUUCUGAAAAUGGUGAUGUUGAUGAAACUACAUACUGCUGCAAAAAUAAAAAUCUUUAUAAAAAUUCAGCAGGUUUUCCAUCAGAAUUAAACCAUGCAUAGCUUUAUACUUUCUGCAUUUACUUUAUGAAGCGUCUGGACCUCCACUACUGCUAUCACUUGCAAGUCGCUUUCCAGACAUUUUGUUUUAAGGGUUACGCAUUUAAACCUCCAGAAAAGUACAUUUUGAAUCCAGUAGCUCUUUCUUCUCACAAUUGUCUUUCUUUUAUUGAAAAGUGUUUAUGCACGUGUGUCAACUAUGUAACCACUUCUAGUCACUUCUCAUGCCUUGCCCACUAUACAACAAACAGUGUAGGCAUAAACUUGUACGGUCUGAAAUAAACAGCACAAAAAUCAUGAACUUACUGUACAGUACAUAUAUAUUUAUUCUGAUUUCUUCCAAAAUGUAUUAAGCAUUAAUUUUUCAUGCACAUUAUUUGUAUGGCAGAAUUUAUUACAGGCAUUAAAGUUAUUUUUGUGAAAAUCUUAUAAUUGAUUUUCCACUUAUCAAGCAAUUAAUAUAAAUACAAUUCCUAUUACAGGACUGACACCAGAGCUGCUGUUUACCCACCAUGCAUUUUUCCUCAGGCACUUAUUCAUAUUUACUUUUGCUUUAAAAGUACAUACAUCUUCAAAAAACUCUGAAGAUAUACACACACACACACAUCAUUUACUGUAACAGAAAAAAAUAAGAUCACUUGGCAGCUAAAACUGAAAUAAUUGCUUUCGAAGGAUGGAAGACACUGUGGCUAAAUGAGAGGUAGUGGUACUUAAAACACCUUACCAAAUCUUUUUGACAAAACACAAUCUUAUAUGCAAUAAGGCUGUGUGUAACUACUUUAACAUCAAGUUGAUGUAUACAUUUUAAUGCCUCUUUUCAUAAAGCUGGUGUUAUAAAGAUCACUUUUACGUGCUGUGCUCCAUUAGAGUUUUUUUUUUGCCCACCACGUGUGGUGUCCUGUACAGAAUGUGCUACAGAUUGUAACGCAGAUAGACAACUUGGUCACCCUAAAGUGAGGCACCUCUGUUUAAAAUAGUUUUGCCCUGCAACCACACAUAAAGUAAAAUAAAAAAAUUGACGAUGUACAGUACAAUUAUUUGGUUCACUUUUGUUGGCUGCCACUGUAUUUGGACAAAAAGGCAGUUAAGGUCUAUAGUAAACAUAAAAAAAGUAUUUGAUUCACAAUAUUUAUUUUAUUAUAGCCUAUGUUCUUUAAAAAAGUGAAAACACAAGAUUAUGUUAUUCAAAAGGUGACAUAACAGUGUAAUCAGGAUAUUAAAAUUCAAUUGCGGAAAAUCAAAUAUGGAAAAAAAUAACCAGAAUGAAUACAACUAAAUUUUAUACGCAGAGGAUCAUGACAAUAUUCAUAUAUAAUCUGGAACUCAGUCAAAGUAAUCUACGUCCACAUGAGAUCAUUAAUCUGACUUGUUACAGUGGUACAGUGGUGCUAAAAAUACCAAAGUAACACUUUCAGACUCUGUUAACUCUUUUUUAUAUGUAGAAUAAAACAUUUUUGGUCAGCUACUUUAUUUCAUAUUCUUACCCAGGCAUUACCUGAAAAAAUUUAAGACAUAAGGGAUCACUUUUGGUUCUGAAACUGUUACUUAAGUCCAUAAUGUUUUAUCAAGAAAAUACAACAUACAGUGUCAACAGCAUUUCAGUGCUGACAAUGUAAACAAUAUGACAUCCGGAAAAGCCCUUAGGAAUAUUUCAGAAAUAACCUACUGCACAUAGCACAAAAUAAUAUAUUCCAAUGAAUUCUCCAUAUGUGCGUAAAAACCCUUAGAUAACUCUGAAAAUAAAGAACAUGAUGCUGAGAAAAGAUAACAAAUUAAACAAAAUUUAAUCAUAACACCUUUACAUGAUCAGCUUCAGCUGCAGCUAAGCAGAAAUGAAUAACACAGUGCUGAAAAUUUCAUACUGUAAAGUAAAAGAGAAAACACGUACAAAAGCACAGUAAUAAAAUCCUGCAUGCAAGCAAUGCACAAAACGCACAAAGAAAGCUGAAAAUGCCUUGGUAUUUCUAAAUCCCUUUUAUGAAGAAUAUGGCCAGCGCAUGCUCGCUGCACUCCAGUUCUACACACGCGCAGGCACUUGAGCCUCACAAUGUGCCCAAGAUCACUACAGUGAUGUCAUGCCAUUAUAGCCACGCUUAAAUCCUGCAACAGAAGAAAACAACAGCACACCAAAAAACACAAGAGCUUUCUUAACAAUUUGCAUCACAUUGCUUACAUUUAUAAGUUGCAAGUCCUUUCCUCAUGUGUUUCAUUUUGUUUUUGUUUGCUCAUUAGUUCAAACCAUAUAGCCCACAAUGUAGAACAGUCCCAUCCGCCAUCACACUUCCCAUUCAAACUUUUGUCUGGAAGUUACAUAGCCAUUGUCAUGCGGAAAUGUAGAUUUUUUUAAAUUUUCACUUGUCCCUUUCUACACCACUUUUUCCUCAUAGUCUAAAGCAGGGGUGUCCAAGUCCGGUCCUGGAGGGCCGCAUCGGCUGUAGGUUUUCAUUCUAACCAUCUUCUUAAUUAGUGCCCAGUUUUUGCUGCUAAUUAACUUCUUUUGCCUUAGUUUUAAUUAUUAUCACUCAGACCCCUAAGUUGUUUCUUUUCCAUUAAUUAGCAGCCAAACAAUAAUGAGACAGAAAACAUGCCUCCACAUCAGCUCACCUGUGCCCAUCACGCAAUAUCUGAAAAUAAGAAAAGGUGAAGGUCUCAGUAAGGCUGAUCUGCUCAGGUCACCAAAACAGUUUGACGGUGUUAAUAGAAAACACAGAAAAUCAACAGUUUUGGAAAUGUCUGCUGUGGCAGAAUGAGAGCAGCAACAAGCCAUGGAAUAAAAUGACAGGUUUAAUUAGCAACAAGAAUUGACUUCUCAUUAAGCAACUGCUUGAUGUUUGAGCCCUGCCUUAGCUGGUCACCUGUUGGCUCCCUGGCCUCACAUAUCACUUCUGUUUGGCUGCCAAUUAAUGAAGAAGAAAAUCAAUUCAGAGGACUGAAUCUUAAAAAACAGGACUAUUAAAAUGAAGGGAAAAGGAGUUCAUUAGCAGUGAAAACUGCUCACUGAUUAGGAAGAUGGUUAGAAUGAAAACCUGCAGCCCUCCAGGACCGGAGUUGGACAGCCCUGGUCUAAAGACUCUUGAUGUAAAGAUUUUCAGCAAAGGAGAGAAAUUACCUGACAGGGAAAUGAAGGUGCCAAAUGGGAUAAAGCGGAAGAGUAGACAAAAUGUCAGACAGGAGUUGUAAACGUGUCAGAAAGAGACCAAGCACCAAAAUCAAGUGUUAAACAAAAUUGAAAGUCAAGAAGAAAAUUAGUCAAAGCUGAAGAAUUGUAUGCUAUAUGCUUUUCUUGGAAGUGCUUUUUAGUUUUUGUGGCUCUACAGGUAGUCUUUCUUUUACUCAAAAAAAAUGUUCAGAUACACUGUAUUUUAUAAGUCGAUGACAUUCAUUGUGGCAGCACUAAUAAAACAAAAUGUCACAAGAAUAACAAAUGAAUAAUAGUAAUGGUAACGAUGAGUUCCUAAAACUUAAUUUCUGUAGACAUUGUGUUGCAUCAUAAAAUGAACUGAACAGGUAAUAUUUUUAAUUGUCCCCUAAACUGAAAACAAAUUUAGGUAGGCCUCUAAAGCAAGGUGUUCCUGGUGGAUGUGUGACAUAUUUUCCCAUUUUUACCAGCAGACUGCUGAAAUAAAUGCAAGAACAUUAACCAAAAAAAAAAUUCAGCAAAAAUGUAUUAGUGCAUUUAGUAAUGGCUUUGUAGUCUGUGCCAGAGGUGACACCCUUAUUGCAUGCAUUGUGCAAAAAUCAGUCAGACAUAGGUUACUUUACUUACCCAACCAUGUCUAUGGUUUCUGUUGAAGAGAUAUUAUUAAGAAUUCUUCUUAUGCGUUUUUCUUAAUUUGUUUAAACUUGCCUUCUUCUUUUCUUUAUUCUGAACUUAAAUGCGUUUUUUUUAAUUAUGUCUAGAUUAAUUAACACAGUCUUAUUCAGAAAAGGUCUAAAACAUUCUGCUUGAUAUAAUUGUUUUAUUACAAGUAUGUUAUUCACAGCAAAAGUAAUAAAGUAAAAUGUUGUUUGCAUGAAUUAGAUUAAAUGACACAUUUCUGAACCCAUGAUUUUUUUAGUAGCUAUUUUGACUUAUGUUUUUUGUGAUUUUUAACUAAAUAAAUACUUGUAUUUUUUUUUGCAUUGUUUGUUGCAUGGGCAGCAAAAUAAAUAAAUAUGAAGUGUGCAACACAC